AUGAAGAUUGCAUUAGUGUUGAUAUCGGUCUGUGUGGUCGUGAUAGGAGCAGAAAAUCCUUUACCAAAUGGCGUGUACGACUACCAUAGAAGAAUUGGAAUACCUACAGCUUUUAAGAUUAAACUGCAAGAAAGAGAAGCAGCAGAAAAGGGCCAGGGUAGAAUCGUCGGAGGAUCAUCUACAACUACUCUCUCAGUACCAUACCAGGCUGGUUUAAUUAUAAGACUAAACAUUAUAUCAACAUCAGUGUGUGGCGGUACCUUAAUAUCUGAUAUCAGGGUACUUACAGCAGCUCACUGUUACAACGACGGUAACAAUAUCGCUCAGAGCUUCCAAGUCAUCCUUGGAUCCAACUUUUUGUUCUCUGGUGGUACUAGGAUUGAUACAAACAGCAUUGCCAUAUUCCCUGGAUACAACCCUUGGAUAGCUGCUAAUGAUAUUGCUGUGUUACGUAUUUCCAGAGUCAGUUUUUCAUUGCAAAUCCAACCAAUUAACUUGCCAUCGGGUAGCGAACUCAACUCGAAUUUCGUCGGAAGCACCGCUCUCGCCUCUGGCUAUGGAAUAACUAGAGACGGUGACAGCGUUAACCUACUCCAAACGAUCAGCUCAGUGAAUUUGCAAGUGAUAUCCAACUCAGUCUGCGGAAACAGCUACGGCAAUAUCAUCCAGAACCACCACCUCUGUACCAGUGGCGCUGGAGGAAUCGGCAUCUGUCGUGGAGACACCGGUGGACCACUCGUCACUACUGUUAAUAAUAGAAGAGUUCUAAUCGGUAUCGGCUCGUUCACAGCGAAUGCAGGUUGCCAAGCUGGCCUGCCUUCAGGCUUCUCAAGAGUCACUUCUUUCAUAUCUUGGAUUCAUUCCAUAUAA